GCUGCGGAAGACGGAUGCAGAGAUGGCCGAACUUAGAUAGCCGCGUCUGCCCGGAAAGAUUCCUACGAUGGAUGUUCUGCGGGGGGCAGCGAGGACCGGGGGGCGGCUGCUCGUCCUCGCGGCGGCCCUGUGUCUGUGGCGUGCGGGCCCGGCGAGCUGCUUCGGCCAGAGCCAGGACAGCGAGUUCACGGUGCUGGUGCCAGCGGGGAGAGCCGAGUGUUUCUUUCAGGCGGCGGUUAAGAACGGAACGAUGGAGGUCGAAUAUCAGGUGAUAGCAGGCGCCGGCAUGGAUGUCGACUUCUCCGUCCGCUCCCCUCAAGGCGUCGAAUUCAUCACCGAGUCCCGGCGCUCCGAUGGAGUCCACGUGGUGGAGCCUACGGAGGAGGGCGACUACGAAAUCUGCUUUGACAACAGCUUCAGCCGCUUCUCGGAGAAGAUGGUGUUCUUUGAGAUCAUCAUCGAAGGGCAAGGCGGAGACGUGGGCGGAGACGACGAGUGGCCGGCGGGUUUGGAGGAGAUCGACGGGAGCCUUCUGGAGUACAAACUGGAUGAUAUUCGGGAGUCCAUGGACUCCCUGCACAGGCGUCUGGAGCGCAGCCGGCAGAUGCAGACGGUGCUGCGGGCCUACGAGGCCCGGGACCGGAACCUUCUGGAAGACAACCUGUGGAGGGUGUCGUUCUGGUCGUGCGCCAGCGUGCUGGUGAUGCUCUGCGUGGCUCUCACACAGGUCUACACCGUCCGCAAGCUGUUUGACGAUAAGCGCAGGGUCUGCACGUAGAGGAGAGACACAAACGGCUGCAAAAUGAAAAGCACUCCAGCUCAAGACGUCUCCAGAUUAUGUCCUGUUAAAGGUGCAGUCUGCAGAAUCCAACAGAAGCAUUUAACUGUGUCGACUGGCGGUCAGUCGGUCACUGCAGUGCCCCGUUUGUCUUCAGUGCAGCACUUUUGAAUUCCUUUAAGUUAGUAUUUACCAUCAGCUGCAGCCUGGUUUUUCUUCACCGUACGAUCUCACAGGAUAGAAAUGCUGCGGCUAGCUGGUUAGCAUGCUAACUUCACCCCCAAAUCUACUGGAAAAACUGACUUUCUUUUAUUAGCUUUUUAUUUGAAAAAAAUGAAUAUUACAUAUGGUACUUAUGUUAAAUUUGUUGUCAACAUGAAACUGAAUGGGUUUUAAUUUGUAGAAGUUUCUUUCCAGAGCAUUUCCUCAGCAAUAAUUAAAUGUGUGGAUCUUAUUCCCUCACAUGAUUUAAAUACUGAGAAAUCUGGUUUACGAUCAUCUGCAGCUUUUAAUGUCGCAUCCCUCCACGAAUAAUCAUGUUGUAGUGCAACUGCUGUUCUUUUAUGUCUGAAAACUCGUCCUUUAAGGUAACAUUGCCAUCAGAAAACAGGUUUAUUGAAUUUUACUGCUUCAUCAUGAACCUACAGAGCUUUCAGUUUGAAAAACAAAACGAUGCCAUUGUGCCGCUUUUUUGCUCUUGUCGCCUUCACAGUGAAAGAUCUGCCAGUAUCUAAAUAUUGGUGAUUUGAAUUGUGAUCACCGACCGUUUCCUUGGUUACAGCCUUAUUGACGAGUUAUUUUAGGAUGUUACUGAUUUCUUCUCAUGUGCCAUUUAAAGAACUGACAUGUUGACAAAUUGCAAGGCGGAGCGGGAAAGACGGAUGAUCUCCAGUGUGAAGUGCGUCCGCGACUCAGCCGUCUUCCAGUCAAAGCAUCUGUCAGGAGGAUCAUUGUUCGGUUCCAGCUUUUGAUUUCUGAGGCGAUCAAACAUGCUGAUGUACGGUUUAGCUGGCAGUUUUAUCCAAAUAUAUAUGAGUGUAUUGUUUUCAUUUUUAUAGAACCGUCUGUGGCUUUGUAAGAUAAUUAAAAGAAAUGUUUGUUUUUGGAUUCACAUGUAAUAAUAAAUGCAUUUUUACACAGGA